AUCAGCGACAACACAUUACCAGCAAAAGCAACCUUGCCUUCAAACGCAAUCAUGUCUGGAGGCUGGAACACUAUAGAGUCCGAUGCUGGCGUAUUCACCUAUCUGAUCGAGAAGCUCGGUGUUAAGGACGUACAGUUUGAAGAGCUCACCACACUCGAAGCAUCAGACCUGCAAAAUCUCGGUACAAUCUAUGGCGUCAUCUUCCUCUUCAAAUACCCUACUGGCGAGAAGCCCAGCGAUGUACCAAAGGACGGCACCUACGACUACGAGGCGGCAAGCUCCAUCUUCUUCCCGGCGCAAACCAUACAGAAUGCCUGCGGAACACAGGCGAUAGUAUCGCUUCUAUUGAACAGGGAAGAGGAGAUUGAUAUCGGCAAGGAGCUGAGAGAGUUCAAGGAGUUUGCGGGUGACUUCCCACCAGACCUCCGUGGCGAGACUCUCUCCAACUCCGACCUCAUCCGCGAAACACACAACUCAUUUGCACGCUCCUCGCCCUUCAUCGACGAGACGCAGCGAACAGCAACCGAAGAUGACGAUGUAUUCCACUUCAUCGCCUACACAAGCAUAAAUAACAAACUCUACGAACUCGACGGCCUCCAACCAGCGCCCAUUUCCCAUGGACCCUGCACUUCUUCAGAAUUCCCCCAGAAGAUCAUCCCCGUACUUCAACGCCGCAUCGCCCGCUACCCGGCCACCGAAAUUCGCUUCAACCUCAUGGCCUGCUGUCGCGACCUGCGUAUCCGCGCCCGAGAGAUUGGAGACGAAGAAGAGUUGGAGGAGCAAGAAGAUAAGCGCGCAAGAUGGCUGUGGGAGAACUCGUUGCGAAGGCAUAACUUCGUGGGCUUUGUGGGCGAGCUGCUGAAGAGCGUUGUGAGGGCAAAGUUGGACCAAGGUGGCGAUGCGUAUGACAAGUGGGUUGAAGAGGCCAAGGGAAGGUCGGCUAAGAGGAGGGAGGACCUGAGGAAACAGGGUAUUGCGGAGGAUUGAGAGGAAUGAGAGGUGGCACUGUCGUUGUGUGGUGGUAAUGCAAGCAGGAUCGGGUUUUUUUUACGUAUGAUGACGCUGCAUAUACAUGUCUAAACACAUGUGCAGUAGCUCUGAUGAUUGCCCAAACCUCCCAUUUCGGAUAGCACGAUACACAGAUGAAACAGUACAUGCAGAGUUACCUUCUUGCAGUCUUGCAAGAACUAUUCACAACCCCGCUUAUAGUCUGUCAUGGUGGUUUCACUUCCCGCCUCUGGCAAUCCGCA